AUGCACCCCGGGGCUCCGGCAGCCCCUGGAAUCUCCGAGCCCGGCCCCUGGGAGCUGUGUGCCUUCGUGACUGGGGCAGCCGCCUAUGUGCUGCGCACCCUGCACCCCCGGCGGACCCGGCCCCCCAAAAGGAGGCCCAACCACAGGAGGUUCCUGCACAAACAGAUCUGCAGGCAGUUUGCCAAGAUCGAAGCUGCCACCCAGCACCUGGCCAUAUCCAUCCUGUCCCAGGAGGCACCCCCCCAGAGACCGCCACCCCAAAGGCCACCUCCACCACCUCCAUCCCCCUUCCUGGGGGUGGCCUGUGCUGUGGCCCCCACUGAGGCACCCCAUGCUGGCCCCAGCCUGAGUCUCACUGCCCUGGACGCCUCCACCCACGACCUCUUUGAGGACAUUUUGGUCCCCCCAGAGUGUCCCUCAGUGCCAUCUGACCUGUCCCAUUGUGUGCUGGGCCAGGCGGACCUGAGGCAGGACCCACACUUCUACGACCCCCUGCUCCCUGCCCUGCAUGCCCUGGGGGGAGGGAAUGAGCUCUCAGCUCCUGAGGGGGGUUGGGUGGGCAGGUGA